AUGGCGUCCAUAAUGCCGUUCCCGAACGUCACCUCCCAUCGUCGCAUGCCUCAUCUCCCCAACACCCCAAAGACACCCACCACCACCCAACUGCCAGCUGCUGCAGCCCAACAAGACCAACAACAAGCCGGCCAUGGCCUCACUACUCUGCCUGGUCGGGAACUGGAGAAUGGUUCCUCCGCCCUCCAACUGACCGCCUCUUCUACUGCUACUGCAGGAUCGAGUUCUCAAAAGUUGUUGCAGGAUAGUCACCACCAGCCCGACCACACCUCCCUAUCUUCGAGCACUAUUUCGACGUUGCCAGGAGGAGGAGACCGUGGUGCGAUCAAGGACAACGAGAUGGUUGGAGGACUCAUGGAUCAGGAUAAACAUCAUAUUGGAGUGGUAUCACCUUUGGGAGCACUGUCACUCUCGUCGGGCUCAUCAGCUUCAGCAUCGACCUCCCCUUCCUUGACGACCCACGACUCCAAGAUGAUCAAGACCGCACUCUACGAUGCCUUUGGAGUUCUCUACCACCCGUCGGCUCAUACCAAGCAUUCUCUGUCGACCACCGCUGCCGCAUUGAGGUCGGGCGAUGUCACGCCGUUGGUGGGUCUUUCGCCCAAGGCCUCGCCUCUGCUCCGUCCUCAGUACCUCGGAACGUCUGCGCCCAUUACGCCUUUGGAACUCUCCGAGGAGGCGUCGGCUGCCGGCUAUUUUGGAUUACAUCUCCCAACUUCAUCUGCAGCAUCGGCUCCUGCUGCUAUUGCGGGAACUUUGGCUGCUGCAGGUGCUGGUGGGUCGAACUUGGCAACAACAGGCGGAGCGGGACCAUCGUCGACGCACCAAGGACAUGGACAGCACCACUACCACCACCAUCAUCACCCUCACAGGCACACACAUACCUCGAGCAACCUGAGUACGACCUAUAUUAACAAUGAGGACCAUCAAAAUGGGCCCUCCACAGGAGGACGUGGAUAUCGUUCGCCCUUGUCUCGAUCACGUCGAACCUCAGUCGACUUUACGCUUGACCCGGCUGAACACCCGGUCUUGAGCUCGCUUCAGACCCUGAGCAUCACCCACCCGCACCCUCCAGAGCACUAUUAUCCUCGCCUGGGACAUGAUCUCGGCCAUGAUCGGGUUCCAAUCGCGGCGGAUUCACCUGCACCUGUGGAACAUAAUGCAUCUUCUAUGAAGCUCACUCUGCCCACUACGUCAUCUUCAACCACAUCGACUACCACUUCGACAACUACUACAACAACAACCACUACUACAGCGAUACCAUUGCAACACCAGACAGAGCAAUCUCCUUCCUCUAGCCCAUUCCCCAUGGAUAGGGGCGACCGCGACUCAAUAUCUGGAUUUGGUCAACAUGGCCUUGUGUGA